UAAGGUAGUCAAGGCGGAGGCGGCGGCGGCCACGGCCAAGACCCAGACAUCUGGGACUGUUGUUCUCUCGCGGUGGGACCGCCUCAGUGUAUUCCCCCAGAGAGAGAUCCGGAGCUGGUCUGGUGGGGUGCGGGCGACCGCAUACCCCCUUUCUCCUGCUUCCGGCGCCAACAUCCUGCGGUUGGUCUCUGAUGCCCUUCAGUGAGGAAGGGGCGUCGGCACCCUGGUGAGAGCACCUCAGGCCCUCCCAAAUCGGUGUCUUCGUCGGCCCCCUGGCUCGCACAGCCCAGUCUGGCUGCCAUGGCUGAAAACGUAGAAGAAGGGGACUUGAACUCCAACCUGCUCCACGCCCCCUACCACACCGGGGACCCUCAGCUAGACACGGCCAUCGGCCAGUGGCUCCGUUGGGAUAAGAAUCCCAAAACAAAAGAACAAAUUGAAAAUCUGUUACGGAAUGGAAUGAACAAGGAAUUGCGAGAUCGACUUUGUUGCCGAAUGACUUUUGGGACUGCAGGACUUCGCUCUGCUAUGGGGGCAGGAUUUUGCUAUAUUAAUGACCUUACAGUGAUACAAUCAACACAGGGGAUGUACAAAUACCUUGAGAGAUGUUUCUCAGACUUCAAGCAGAGAGGCUUUGUCGUUGGGUAUGAUACCCGGGGGCAAGAAACUAGCAGCUGCAGCAGCCAGAGACUUGCUAAACUUACUGCUGCAGUCUUACUAGCCAAAGAUGUUCCUGUGUACCUAUUUUCAAGAUAUGUUCCUACACCUUUUGUACCGUAUGCAGUCCAGGAGCUCAAAGCAGUUGCAGGUGUAAUGAUUACUGCAUCUCACAACCGCAAAGAAGACAAUGGCUACAAGGUUUAUUGGGAAACGGGCGCUCAAAUCACGUCUCCUCACGAUAAAGAAAUUCUGAAAUGUAUAGAAGAAUGUGUGGAACCCUGGAAUGGUUCCUGGAAUGAUAAUUUAGUGGAUACCAGCCCACUGAAGAGAGAUCCUCUGCAGGACAUUUGCAGGAGAUACAUGGAAGAUCUGAAAAAGAUCUGUUUUUACAGGGAAUUAAACUCAAAGACCACCUUGAAAUUUGUCCAUACAUCUUUUCAUGGGGUCGGACAUGACUAUGUGCAGUUGGCUUUUCAAGUGUUUGGUUUUAAGCCUCCAAUUCCGGUACCAGAACAAAAAGAUCCUGAUCCAGACUUUUCUACCGUUAAAUGCCCAAAUCCUGAAGAAGGAGAAUCUGUGCUGGAACUUUCUUUGAGACUGGCAGAGAAAGAAAAUGCCCGGGUAGUGCUAGCCACAGAUCCUGAUGCAGACCGACUGGCAGUGGCAGAACUUCAGGAGAAUGGUCAUUGGAAAGUUUUCACCGGGAAUGAGUUGGCAGCUCUGUUUGGGUGGUGGAUGUUUGAUUGCUGGAAGAAAAGUAAAUCAAGAAAUGCUGAUGUGAAGAACAUUUAUAUGUUAGCCACCACAGUCUCUUCCAAAAUUUUGAAGGCAAUUGCACUUAAAGAAGGAUUUCAUUUUGAAGAAACAUUACCAGGUUUUAAAUGGAUUGGAAGUAGGAUAAAAGACCUCCUGGAAAAUGGGAAAGAAGUCCUUUUUGCAUUUGAAGAGUCUAUUGGUUUUCUGUGUGGGACUUCUGUUUUGGAUAAAGAUGGGGUGAGUGCAGCCGUGGUUGUUGCUGAGAUGGCAUCCUACCUGGACACGAUGAAUAUAACAUUGAAACAGCAACUGAUUAAGGUUUAUGAAAAAUAUGGUUAUCAUAUUUCAAAGACUUCAUAUUUCUUGUGUUAUGAUCCAAUGACCAUCAAAAGUAUAUUUGAAAGGCUUCGCAAUUUUGAUUCUCCAAAAGAAUACCCAAAAUUUUGUGGGACAUUUGCUAUAUUGCAUAUACGAGAUGUUACCACUGGAUAUGACAGCAGCCAGCCUAAUAAGAAAUCUGUGCUGCCUGUGAGUAAAAACAGCCAAAUGAUUACAUUUUGUUUUCAAAAUGGCUGUGUUGCUACUCUUCGGACAAGCGGGACAGAACCAAAGAUAAAGUAUUAUGCAGAGAUGUGUGCAUCACCUGACCAGAGUGACACUGCUGUAUUAGAAGAGGAAUUGAAGAAACUCAUUGAAGCUUUGAUUGAGAAUUUUCUUGAGCCCAGUAAAAAUGGACUGACCUGGCGUUCUGUUUAGCGGACACCAGUACAUCAUUCUUGUGCUGGCGUAUGGAACAGGACAACCAACAACGCCAUGUUGACCUCGUGUUAGCAUUCUCUCUCUGUCUCAUCUGGCCAAGUAUCUUUUUCCUUUUAUUUUCUUUCUUUUUAGUUGUCUGACUAAACAAACUGUAUAAAUUUGAAACAAAAUGGUCUGGAGAGAGAUGCUUCAAAUUUUUUUGUCAUCUUGAACAAAAGUCAUUACAUUAAAAGUGUUACAGUAAAGUCAUUCUUCCUUUAACAAAAACAAAACAGUGCAAAACUGAGGUUCCUUAUUAAAGUGUGCAUAAGCUUAGUUCCGUAUUCGUGUAAUUGUGUAUAGCAUGGUUUUUUUAAAAGGCAGAUAAAUGUUAUAUAAUUGUAGAGUUAGUUAAGGAAGUUAAUCCAUAAAACUGGGAGGAAAACAGCACUGCUUUCAGAAUAUUGUGGAAAAGUAUCAUUGUUACAUCACAGGUAUUAACUUACAAAUUAGAGUAUUUGAGAUAAGAUAUUUAGCAUUUCUAGCUUAGAACGUGUGUGAUACUAUUAUAUGUGAUUUCCAGUUCUUCUGAACCAUGAAAUAGUGGUUCAGGUGCUCUUGGUGCCGUGGAAAUUUAUUGUAUGUAUUUAAAAUUCCGAUGUUUACUGAACAUGAAACAAUAGUGGCAAUACUCCUAGUGGCUUUGUUCUUGUCGAAUGUCUCAGUGCCUUCUCAGGGUAUGGUAUGACUCGAAAACGUGUUUCUGCAUUGCAUACAAUAUAAGCAGUUCAUUUUCAGACAGUUAAGGAAAAUCUCCCAAACUAUAUAGGUGCUUCCCCUCUGUAUUAAAUAGGUUUGCUGACUUUAAAAUCUUAUCAAUGUAAAUAAAAAAUCUUAAUAAAAGCAGCUCAAUGUAAAUGUAGUUAAGGAUCUUCGUGUUAGAAUUUAGUGUCAGUUAUUACAGCCUUUAAGCAAAGAAAAAAAAAUCUGAACUGAAAAAAGAGCUGUGAAUUUGUUGAAAAGUCUAACUGUUGAAUUACAUUUUUACAAGUAGAUUUAUUCCUUUAUCAGGUAAAGUAAUACUAAUUUUACUAAGAAAUAAAACAUUCAGAUUUUAGGUGUUGUGAAACACUAAAACUACAUUUUAAAACUAAAGCCCAGUUUAUCUUAAGAUCUUGCUGGCUUCUGUAGAAUUUCUGAUGACAAGAUUACUCUAUCUUUUCUAAUGCAGAAAAAAAAAAUUGGAAGGUGUAUUGGGUUGAUUCUGCAGUCUUCUAAAAAAGACAAUGGAGAAGGUCUGUUUACUCUUAAAGUGUAUCGUGUCAUAUAUAGCUACAUAAUGCUUAAACACAUAUGGUAUAGUUACAUGAGGUAAUGAUAACAAGGCCUUGGGUGCAGUCAUACUCAACAAAGUAUCUAUGGGAGAUAACUGGCAUUAGAGAAUUUGUUUCCUAAAAGAAAAUAAUAAUAACAUAAGAUUUGAACUGAUUAGAACAUUUAUUAAAUCAUAGUUUGGUUUGUUGCAGCUAUCAGCUAAAAUUUGAUUGAACCCAUAUAAUCAAAAUAUAAUUUUCAAAUUAUUGUAUUGCCACUAUUGUGAAUUCGUUCCUUCCUUCCUUAUAGCUGGAUCUUGUAUGACUGUAGAUAAUAGAAGCUAUCUAAAUGUAGAGUACCAUAUUUCUGAAAAAGUUUGUCUUCAAAGACUUUGCACUGAAGAACUGUGUACAAUUUUUUGCUUUAUUUGCUUUUAGGGAUGUAGACUGUAAUUUAGGAAAUGGCAUAUAUUCUACAAAGUGGUAUGAACACUGCUAUAUAUAUAUAUAUAUAUAUAUAUAUAUGAAAAAUAUGUAUGUUUGGUUUUAGUGUAUGUGUUUCAUUGACUGAAGAACAAAAGGGAGCUAAAGUGAUGCAACACCCCAUUCAUAAUCCCUAAAGCCACAUUAUGAUGGUCAUUCUGUUAUAAAGAGAACAGUUUUAUUGGAGUGCUGUAGUAUAACGCAACAUUUAAAUCUUCUUAAUCAAGGUGAAAAGUUAUUAAAGCUUGGGUUCUUAUCUCAAAACAUUUUACAUCCAAAGUAAAAAUUAACAAAAUUUUACAAAUGUUCCCAACGUAUAUAGAUUGAGAGAAUCGUUUGAUUCUAGCCAAGCUCUCCAGUCUGUCGUAGUGUGAUAUUUAACAUGAACUUGACAGAGUGGGUGUACACUUGCCUAACAGGAACCAUUCAGUAGCCCAAGCCAACCAGGAGAGACAGGCGUGCUGGACAAUAGGACUCAGCCUUGGGCUCUGCAUUGUUUAUCUUUUUAUUUAUGAACAAUAUGAUGGAAAUGAGUACACUAUCACUGAGCGUGCAGACCAAAACUGGGAUUUUUCUAGAGCUUUGGAGAAAAGGAAGAAUUAGUGGGACAAGAUCAAAGAAUAGGUUGAAAAUAAACAGUAGAAAUUAGCAACAGAAAGUUCAUUAUGGUGGCACAGGAAAUGCUACUUGUGAAGGGCAAACUUAUCACCCUAAAAAUAGGGAAUAAACUGACUGUGGGCAAGUUGUUUACUUGUGUUUAUUUGUUAUGAUGAGCGAAUAGUGAACCUUUUGUUUUUCUUUAUUAGUGACCACUAAAGAGGCCAAGUUUUAGAAGGUGAGAAAAAGAACCCCUUUUACUGAUUCAAUUCCUGUAAGGCUGUUGUGCUUAGGAUUGUAUGGGAACUGGGGAGGAGAUAUAGCAGAAAUAUAAAAGGAAUAAAAUAUAGAUUGGAAAAUAAUACCUCUGAGAAGAAGUCCAAAGAAUUAAGAUCAUUUAACUUUGGAGAGGAGAAAGCUGUUGAAAUAGUUUAAUAAAUCUUAAGUUAUUGAGUCUUUUCUUGAAGGACUCAAAGAAAGAAGUAAUAUGACAAACUGUUCUCUAUCCGUAGCAAGGACAAAAUAAGAGAGAAUAAGGAUCUUAAAAAAAAAAA